AUGACAUCGAGAGCGGCGCAGAGUCGGAGGAACUCCCGCCAUACGCUCCGCGCUCGCAAAACCACAACCAAAGAAGAGCGCCUUCAAGCGUACCGACUCACGCAUUCGACCUUCCUCAUCGUAGAGAUAGACGACGUCUACUCCGAGCACCCAUACAUCUACGUCAAGCUCAUCACGAGCCUGCGCGCCUUCCUCGAGAGCGUGCCGGUGGAAGAGAACGGCGGGCGGCCGCUCAACGAGCGCGCGCGGAUGCGCUACGUCGUCGCGCUCAGCCACUGCCAUUAUGACCACAUCCUGGGCGUCGAGCAGUUCGCGAGCGACUCGCCGGUCCUCCAGUCUUCCUAUGCACCCGCCUUCGUCUCGCGUUCCGCCCUCCCCGCCCACUCGCUAUGCACCGACCUCGGCAUCCGCACACCCCAGUUCGCGUCCGUCUUGGUUCCGCAUAACACUAUGCUGACGUCGGCAUCCGGUGUUCCACUGGGCAUGACACUCCUGCAUACACCCGGCCAUACGCCGGACGAGAUCGCGCUUUGGGACGCGCACGAGCUGAUGCUGUACGUCGGCGACACCGUGUAUGAGUGGGAGGCCAUCAUCUUCCCCGCGCAGGGAGACAUAAAGGCAUGGCUCACGACGAUUGACGAGCUUGUAGCGGUCGUGAUGAGCUCGCGCGUCCCGGAGGCGGUCAGAAUUAACUGCGGCCAUCGGACGGUGACGCGACCUGCGCUGGAAGUCCUCGGGAAGGCGAAGCAGUUCGUGAUGGAUGUGUUAGUCGGAGACGUCGAGGUCCGCUGGAGGAUGUGGAGAAGGGGCGAGUGGUAUGUGGAGUACAGGCAGGAAGGAGGCCAGUUCAGCGUGCGGUGUCCAGAGCGUCUCAUCGAGGAGGCACGACAGCAAUGA